AUGCCCAAAACUCCUUUAAAACAAAAAAAUCGCAAAUGUGUUACUUCAUUAAUCAACGCGAACAAUACCGAAACUGAUAUUAGUGGACACAACUCCAACAAUACUCUCAUUGAUAUCAAGCAAUCAUUCCCUUCAACCUUAACGAUGAAUGAAUUAAUCAAAGACUCCAACACAAAUAAUAAACCAAAAUUGUUUCCAAACGCUUUUAUCACAUAUAGAAUGGUGUUAAUGAAAGAAUAUCGUAUUAAAAAUUGUAAAUUACCUCCUAUGGGUGAAGUCUCUAAAAUUGCUAAGAAUUUUUGGAAUAUGGAACCAAAGAACGUAAAAAAUUAUUAUGAAUCGUUAGUUAAGGACGUGAAAUCAAUUUAUAAGCGGAAUAACAUUCAAAUUAUUUUAGAUAAACAUAUGAAUAAUUAUGCUGAAAAUAAUCAAGAAAACAGCGACAUAGAUUUUGGUAUAGAAAAGGAAAAUAAAGAACAUGUUCAUAAUAAUAAAAUUAAUUAUUCUAGUGUCGGUUCAACUGACAUUUCCUCAGUAAAUUCUUCAAAUUUUAAACCUCAUAUGGUAAUAAUUUAA